AAAGUAUCGUAGCGACUGCCACCUUCCUCCUAAUCCAAGCUGGCAUCUUUUCAUCCUUCAGCCUGCAUGCGUGUGAAACGCAUUCUCGAUCGGGGAAUAUCCUUUCAUUUCAGUCGUCGUCAGAGCUUUUCUCUAAGCGCGCAGCACACAUUGCGCGGUACUGGAUAAAAUAUCAGUGGUAAGCCCAACCAGCCGUGAGUUUCAAACAAUAGUGCAUACAAGAUACAGUGUAUCACCGUUAGUACCUUACUUCUAACGGGCGAAAGUGUUCGGUGUGUGAAAAAGGUGCGCGGUGUGGUGGAACGUUUCAUCGUCUCGCCGCAGACGCGGUCUUUGACCGCUAACAGGCAAAAAAGAAAAGACGCACCGGUAGAAAAGUGAGCUAAACAAAGCCUCACGAUGAGUUGCCCUAUGCCGGAAAUUGGUUCCUGCAUCUCGCUGAUAUCGAAAGCCGAUAUCCGCUAUGAGGGACUGCUGUUCACCGUUGAUCCGGAGCGAUGCACGAUCGCCCUUGCACGAGUCAAGUCGUAUGGUACUGAGGAUCGGGAAACACAGUUCCCGAUUGCACCGCAGAACCAAUGCUACGACUAUAUCCUCUUCCGCGGGUCGGAUAUCAAGGAUAUUCGGGUGAUCAACAACAACCCGGUCCCGAACGAUCCGGCCAUUAUGCAGAUGCAUCUACCGCCCCAGCAGGGACCGCAGAUGCCGAUGCCGAAUAAGCUGGGUCAACCGAGCUACCAGUCGCAGCCGGGUUUUAUGAUUCCGCAGAUGGGUGGACCACCGACCGGUGGACCACCAGGCGGUCCGAUGGGUGGAGGCCCUCCCGUAACCGGUGGUCCGAUGGGUGGACCACCACCACCCGGUCAUGCACCGCAGAUGGGUGGUGCCGGUGGUGGUGGCGGCCAACCCUAUAACGCGUUCGGUGGAAUGAACAAUCUCGGAGGCAGCGGAUCGCGUUCGGGAACACCGAGCAACAUGUUGUCGCGUAAGAGUCCAACGGUAGACAUUGCUGUGCAGACGAACCAGCAGCAACAACAGCAACAUGGACAGCCACAAUCCCAGCAGCAGCAGCAGAUGAUGCAGCAGAACAACCGUGACGGUGGCAACAAUAAUCAGCGCAACAAACCCAACCAACACCGAGGAAAUCAUCAGAACAACAAUAUGCGAGAGCGACGCGAUUCUGGCAAGCAACAGCAGCAGCAGCAGCAGCAGCAGCAACAACAGCACGGCAACGACAAUCAGAUGAAAGAAAAUUACAAGCCAAGACAACAACCACAACACCAGCAACAACAACAGCAACAGGGGGGCCAAAAUAGAAGCGGAUGGAACAAUCGGAACCAUCAGCAUCAAAACAACGGAAGUGGUAAUAACAUUGUGCGUCGUCCGCGUGGAAACAUUGGUCAACCGCAGCAGCAACAGGGUGGUACCGGUGGUACCGGUGGUGGACAGCGUGCAAAGAAUUUGCUAAAGUUCGAAAAUGACUACGACUUCGAACAGGCCAAUAGCAAAUUCGAAGAGCUUCGAUCGCAACUUUCUAAACUUAAGGUGGGCGAAGAGUUGAAACCAGAGCAGAUCACUACCGAAACACUGGACAAGAAGGACGAUUCAGGCAACGAAACAGGUGCUGGCGAGCAUGAGCAGGAGGAGGAAGAUGUUAUAUGCUACGACAAAGCAAAGUCUUUCUUCGACAACAUUUCGUGUGAGGCAGUGGAACGCGCGAAGGGAAAGCAACAGCGUACGGAUUGGCGCCAGGAGCGCAAGUUGAACACGGAAACAUUCGGCGUAGGAUCGACAAGGCGUGGCGGAUACAACCGACGAGGUGGAUACUUCCACCGUGGCAUCAAUUACCAUCGCGGAGGAAACAACUAUCGUGGUGGUAACAACUAUAGAGGUCGCAGUGGAAAUCGUAACAAUCAGUUGAACGGUGGCAAUGGUAUGUCGCAUAACCGAUCGGGCGGACAACAACAAAAUGCAACUGGCAGCAACUCUACUGGCAGUGGACAACAACAGUCGAAUCAACUAACCUCGACGGCACCUACUAGCCAGGAUCAGCAGCAACCAGCGGUCAUAGAAGUGGCGGCAGGUAAAUAAUGUCACGGAAAUGGGAUCACCACGGAUACUCUGUUACUUUUAGAAAGCUGACUAGAUCCAUAAACAAAACGAUUCAACGGAGAGGAGAAACAGAUAAAAAUGUUGUCCUAAAAAACCAGUAGAAUGAAAAAAGUGAGUUAAAAGCAGCGAAGAAAUGGCAGAAGGUUGCACACAGUCGGAAACAGCUUCAUGUGCAGUAUAAAUGAUGCAUGCCCCGCGAAUAGGCACCACCGGCGGGAGAAAAAAAGCGUAUUGUGCUACUUGUACACGCUAAAAACUCCUACAUUAAAAUCCAUGUUCUGGAUUAAAAAACACAUAUACAAAGGAUGAAAGUAUGUAGUAGGAGUAUGUGAAAAAUAAUUAAAAGGUACUACAUGCAACGUACUCGUAUAGAAAAAAAAACUGCGCAGUGCAGCUUGAAACGACAGAUCGAUCUAUUCUGCACCAAUUAAUGAUAUACGUAUAUGUGUGUGCAGGAAAUCAACAGCAGCAGCAGAAGCACGUUACUAAGAUCCUACAUACAAAGAGGGUAGCAUCAGCAUGAUAGUUUUGACCAUCAUCACCUGGUUAAAGUGUAGUCUCUAUCACUACAUGGACAUCAAUAGCAUGGCGGUUCAAGCAUUAGAGAUAAAGGAAGUCAAAAGUAUGCAUUACAAGGAUGUUAAAUCAAUGUCUGUUGAUAAAGAAUGUGUUGUGCGAAUGGAUGGAUGUUUGCUUGCGUACGAUAGAACGCAAGCAACAGCUAAUUGUUGGUUUAGCCUGCCGGGCUUAUGUAUGAAACGAAUUCAACAUAAAAAGUGCGAUUGAAAGACACGCUCAUAGACAGCCUUGCAGUAGUAACGACCGCAAACAUAAGGUGUUUGCUUUAUGUUGACCACGAAAACAGGAGGCAUCGUUCCGUUUUGCAUAUGAUUAUGAUGAAAUGAGCUAACAAAAAGUGUGAUUACACGGUUGGUCGAAAUGAGAAUGAGAUUGCCCUACACCUAGUGAUAGGCAGAGAAGAACAUGAUUGAGAAGGCCGUACAUUGCUAUAGAGCAACGCAACAUUUACCAGCAUGCUGCAACACAAACCUUAACGAUGCUUUUAAACCGCCGAAGUAGAUUCUUCAUGGCAGGUCCCGAUUACCCUUCUAAUUGCUGCUCUGAAAAAAUCGUUAAAAACAUAGAGCAAAAUGUUAAAAUCGAAGAUUUCCAUUAAUUGCCGUCUCUCAUGUAGAACCAUUGGCAAUAAGGUUUGCUUUCAAGUUUGGAGACACGUAUCUGUGUGUGCACGUAUUAUCGUAUAAUUUGCAUUAUAAAUAAUGCACAAACCUUUCAGUUUCGUCAGUUAACAAUCGUAGACGAAUCGGGACAAACAGAAACGUAAUGGAAACCGUUACUAAACGGGAUCAAAGUAUUUGAGGAGAAAAAUAAAAACAAGCAAACAAACGAAAGUAAGCAAACAAAACAAACAAGCUAAUCAGAAGAGGAAGGUAUCAAUGAACAACAGUUUGAUAUGUUGCACCAUAGCGGAAAAAGUGGUCCUACAUUAAUUGUAAAAUAGCUUGGCAAGAGGUAGCAUAAAAGGGUGUAGAGUACUACACCUGGCACAGCACCACCCAUAAGUAGAGUAAACCAUAAAGAGGACCAAAAUCAGAAGGUUGCAAUAAGACCAUCCAAAGCACCCUCUGUUUGCGUGAAUUCUGCCCUUCAUAAAGGGGAUGCAACAACAAAUGUGGUAACGAGACAACCAAAACAAAGUCACGUGGGGGUGGAUAAUUUGAUCCCGUCCAUCCGCCCGAUGAAAUGGGUGUGUAAAAGAGAUAAACAAAAGCAACAGUGGCACCAUCCACUUUCGACUAUAUCAGGUUUCCGACAAAUCGAUUUUUAUGAUUUGGAUCUAAGUCGAUUUAAGUAUAAAAUCCGCAUGUUCUUUUUCGCAAUAUGAUCAAUUCCAAUAUCUCUCUCUGAGUGGUCACGUUGGUGUGUCUGCUGGUGUAAAAUUGAAACCAAAAUAUUUACACCACGCUUUUCUGCGCUGCUGGGUUAAACUUAACGGAUGAUGUGGUGGUGUGUGUGUGUACGUUGUGGUGCAUCCAGGCGAUAGAUUAUCACUACUCCUGUGACACAACGUCACGUGUGAAUGAUUUUUGAUUUGGAAUAGAAUUUCUUUAAAUUUGUAAAGUCUGAAAGAUUGAUUGCGGCGCAUCAUAUCAUAAUUAUGUUUUUUUUUGCUUUUCCUUGUUUUUACUUUAAAUUUUCUAAGAUUAUCAUUUUUCAUUCUUAUAUAAAUUAUAGUCAGCAUAGUUUUUUUUGCAUUCAUUUCAAGCAUAUUUACUUGCUCUGAAUGUAGUUGAAGAAAGAUGUAGUUGAUCAUAUUACUACUUCUACUACUACUACUAUUACUACUACUAACGGUACGUGCUUAGUACUUCUUUGCACAUUGUCCCAGGAUGUUUGUUUACAAACAGAAAUCAAACGAUUUAUGUGAGAUGAAUAUAUUCAAUGUGGAACAUCAAUCUGUUCCUUUCGCAAGCGAUCCUUCAGGACGACGGUCGAAAUCGUAUCGUGUAAUACAGUAUCGAUCGAUCGAGAUUUGAGCGCUUGAAUAUGAUCUGUGUUUACGAUAGGAUAAGAACAUAAUGCCGCCCGCUUGUAAGCAUUGCAUUGAGUAAUAGUUGCAUAACGGCAACAGAAUGUUAAAGCAAAAUGUAGAACCGUAAUCUUGCAUAAUGAUUUUGAAUCGCAGGGACGUAUGUAUUUGGAAGUCAAACCGAAGCAAAGGUACCAAAACCGUAGGAAACGAAUAGAAUAUUAUAGAGGCACAAGAGAGUAGGACAACGGUGCAGAAUGGCAGCAGGGGGUGUAGAAAAUGUGAUUUGAAUGAUUUUGCAUAUAAACGUUGAGUUUUUUAAAAUACCGUAUCGGGUUUGUAUGUAAAACCGCUUAUGUACGUAACUAUUCAGCUCGGUUUUAGGUUAAAUUCUAUCCAGCGCUUGGAAGUGUGAAACCACCAGUCAAAAGUGUAACAGUUUACAAAUAGAGGAGCAGCAAAGCGUAAUGGCAUGCGAAGACGAGAUAGUUACGGGAAGAAAAAAACGAUAUCAACUAAGUUUUGGAUUAAUUAUAUUUAAAAACCCGGAAAGUCGAAAUCGAAGAGGUA